AUGACGAAUACCAGCGAGGUAAGUCGCAUAAGCUGGACAUGUGUUGGAUAUCAAAUUGACAUACGGCAAAAUCCAGGUAUCAUCCAAGGAUUACAAGACCUCUUCGAAGCCCUGAAAGGCUAUAACCCGCCGAAAGUUGUUCACCCAGACCCCCAGGCUUUGGAUCCGCAAGCAAAAUCCGGAUUCUUUGGGUCCCUCUUCGGAGGCGCAAAGAAGCAGGCGAAGUCUGCUGUUCCGGAGAACUUGCCGAAAGGCGUGUAUAUGUAUGGCGAUGUUGGGUGCGGAAAGACUAUGUUGAUGGAUCUGUUCUUUGAUACGCUUCCUCCGAAUAUCAAAGAUAAGACCCGCAUUCACUUCCACAACUUCAUGCAGGACGUGCACAAGCGCAUGCACGUCGUAAAGAUGAAGUAUGGAAAUGACUUCGAUGCCUUGCCCAUGGUUGCGGCGGAUAUCGCCGAAACCGCUGGGGUCCUCUGUUUUGAUGAGUUCCAAUGUACGGAUGUUGCUGAUGCAAUGAUCUUGCGACGCCUACUUGAAAUUCUCAUGUCUCACGGUGUGGUUCUCGUCACCACAUCCAACCGCCACCCCGACGAACUGUACAAAAACGGCAUCCAGCGCGAAUCAUUUAUUCCAUGCAUCAACCUCCUUAAGAACGACCUGACCGUCAUCAGCCUCAACUCCCCAACGGAUUACCGUAAAAUCCCUCGUCCCCCAGCAGCCGUUUAUCACCACCCUCUCGGCGAAGACGCAGCACGCCACGCAGAGAAGUGGUUCGACUUCCUGGGCGAACCUGUGAAAGACCCUCCCCACGCAGAUACCCAGAUUGUCUGGGGUCGUGAAAUCAAAGUGCCCCGCGCCAGCGGCAAAGCCGCUCACUUCACCUUCCAAGAGCUCAUCGGCAGCGCGACCGGUGCCGCCGACUACCUCGAGCUCGUCCGACACUACGAUGCAUUCAUCGUGACCGAGGUCCCCGGUAUGAACCACACACAGCGCGAUCUCGCCCGACGCUUCAUCACCUUCAUCGACGCAGUCUACGAAAGCAGGGCUAAGCUGGUUCUCACCACCGAGGUUCCUCUUUCCAACCUCUUCAUCUCCGCCGCAGAUAUGCAAAAGUCCCUUCCAGAGGGCGAGCACUCGGAUCUCUCGGAUGCUAUGCGUAACCUCAUGGAUGACCUUGGUAUGUCUGUGCAAGCGCUUAAGAAUACCUCCAUCUUCAGUGGAGACGAGGAGCGCUUUGCCUUUGCACGUGCCCUUUCUCGUCUUUCGGAAAUGGGCAGUAAGGAGUGGGUGGAGAGAGGUCUGGGGCUUGGCAGUAAUGCUCAGCAGAAUAAGGAGGAGACCGAUGCUUGGAAGAAGACACGGAGCCAUUGGAGUGAAGACAACAUGUAA